CCUCUGAUCAGUCACGGUUCAACCACCACAAUGUACUCCGCCGUCUUCGCGACAGCGCUCCUUGGGGCUGUCCACCUUUCAGGUGCAUUUGCUAGCCAAAUUCCAGUCGUCAAUGGCGUACCGGGAGGUGUUAACAGCGCUGCCACUAUGGCCAGUUCUCUGUACAGAGAGGCCACUGGAACGACAGGUGCCAUCUCUUCGACGCCCACCGCAGGCACAUUGCGCGUGACUGAGAACUCUGGUAUCUGUGAAACGACUCCUAAUGUAUACCAAGCUGCGGGUUACGGUGACCUUACAUCUGACAAGAGCUUAUGGUUCUGGUUCUUUGAGGCUCGCAACAACUCCGACACCGCACCCCUAGUGCUUUGGUUCAAUGGAGGGCCUGGAAGCUCCAGCAUGAUCGGUCUCUUCCAAGAACACGGCCCCUGCCGCAUUAACAACGACACCACAACCGUCGACCUCAACCCUUACUCUUGGAACAACAACGCCAACGUGAUGUACAUCGACCAACCCGUCGGUGUCGGCUUUUCGUACGGUACUCUGGACGUUGGUACGUCGGAGGAAGCCGCGCAGGAUGUGUGGAGCUUCUUGCAAAUCUGGUUGGCCGACUCGAGGUAUAAGAAGUACCAGGGCCGGGAUUUGGCCAUCUGGACUGAGUCAUAUGGCGGUCAUUACGGGCCUACGUUUGCUGCGUAUUUCCUUUCCCAGAAUCAGGCUAUCGCAAAGGGCUCUGUCUCUGGCAUCACCCUUCCUCUAAAGGUUCUUGCCGUCGGUGAUGGCUUGACAGACCCCAUCACUCAAUACCCAGGAUACGUCGAAUAUGCUGCCAACAACCCAUUCUACCCAUUGGUCGACUCUUCCACCCUUGACUCCGCCAACCAAUCAUUAACUCAGAGUGGCGGCUGUCUCGAUCAGAUCACUGCCUGCAACAAUGCAGGAUCAAACUCGGUCUGCUCCAGCACCCAAGACUACUGCAACAACUAUGUUUUGGGACCGUUGAGCGGUAACUACGAUGUAUACUACGUCCUCGCACAGAACCCCGACCCCUACCCACCCGACAUCACCAACUACCUCGGCGGCAUCCAGUCCACCAUAGGUGCACAAGCGACAUGGCAAAUGACGAACGAUGACGUGUACAGCAACUUUGCUGCGACUGGAGACUGGAUGCGCACGUCGAAACCUGACUUGGAGACUGUCAUUAACAGUGGUGUGCGCGUCCUCGUCUUUGACGGUGAAGUUGACUACAUCCUCAACCACUACGGCGUCGAGGCUAUGGUGAAUAGCCUUAACACGACCCAAUCUGGACUCUUCUCACAGCAGUCUUUCACGCCCUACACCGUCCAAGGCCAGACGACGGGCCAAUACAAGAAUGCGGAUACAUUCUCGUAUGUGAGGAUAUACGGCGCGGGACACGAAGUGGCUGCAUACAAUUAUGGUAGUCUGGCGUAUGGACAGGCGGCGUCGCAGAUGUUUGAGCAGUUCAUGGCUGGUGGAGGCUUGAAGAGCACGUAGGCCAAGAUGCAGGUUUAAUGGACCGGUCCAUCGCAAUCAGUAUGGUCUUAUAGUUAUCAUUUAUAUGAGUGUGGGAAGUACCUAUUGGAUGUUAGAAAUUACAUUUAUUGCGCUCGAA